AUGUACUCGGCCCUCGACAGGGGACAUCUGACUUUCACACACUUCGCUACCGAGAAGCAGCAUCUGUGGAAUUCCGAUGAGACGCUCUUUAUCUAUCACCACUUCGUCCAUAAAGUUAUGGACAACUAUGGGAAGCAGAUCCACGAGUGGAAGAAGAAGUGGGAAAUCAAUAAGGUCCCAAACUCGAUGAACGACACGGUCUGGAAGGAGUUGUGUGCGCAUUGGGAUAAGGAAGAGACGAAAGAAACUUCUUCCACCAACUACACCAACCGCAGGAGCGACCGUAAAGGGAAGGGCAUCUACAAGCAUAACUUGGGUGCUCAAUCUAUUGCCACUCUGGGAGAUCGCAUGGCGGAAGAAAAUGAUGGCGAGCCGGUUGAUGAUCACAUGUACAAGUAUAACUUGGGUGCUCAAUCUAUUGCCACUCUGGGAGAUCGCUCCCGGUCGGCUGUUCCUUCUUCUGCACCACCUCCAUAUGUUCAUCCAUAA